UUUCAAGAGGCAUUUUUGUCGUGCCUGUCAACGUCCUGCAAUAGUCAAUGUUUACCGCUACGCGUUCGAGGAAUCGGACCGUAUCGCAUGAACAGCAAGAAGAGCUUCCACCUCGCAAUCCCUAUGAUUUUACUUCCAUACCCGAGACAUCUCGUUUUAUUGGGACGCCGUCCAGCGAUGUCUUUACAGCUCAUGUUGAAUGGUCUAAAUCUUGCUUUCAAUCCGUCGCCGGCUUAGAAAAACUACCAGAACAAGCAAAGAACCUAUGCAGUGCGAGCAUUUCGCAAGGUGCUGUUCCAACCGCAAGCUUCGAUCCCAAAGCUCAAUUGGCGGCAAUAGCAGAUUCGAUGCAAAUCAUGGUGUGGAAGUUAGGACAGGUACUGCUCCUAGCUACCUAUACAAGUUUGAUCUUCCCUUUCGAUGCUCAACCCCACCGCGUAUACAUCUAUUUGCGCUCAAAGGAACAUCAAGAAUAGAAGGAUACUCUUUAUUCUCAUGUUCAGCCGAUGGAAAUUUGGCAUUGUGGCACUCCUUGUCAUAUCACCAAGGCGACAGCAUUCAGCAACAAGUACCUUUAAAGCUUGGGGAGACAAUCACAGCUGUUAGCGAUUUUCACGAGGGUCGAUUUGUGCUAGGAACAUCCACAGGCGAGAUUUACAUCACCGAAAUACAGUACGAUGGAUCUUUUUCUGUUGCAUCUCUCCGAAAACGCAACAGCAUGCUACAACGAGUUGGCUCAUGGCUGACCGGCGGCAAUGCGUUGCCACUUCGUGGCAUGUUGGGUGCAGGCAACACACCUCUUAUUCGAGGAAGAAAUGAAGAAAUAUUAAAAGUACAUAUGGAUCCACGGCCGAACAGGCUUCAUCAGAGUGAGGCUAUUGUGUUAUCGGGUCAAUCCGUUCUUAGAUGCCAAAUCGAAUCGUCAAAUCGAAGCAAGAUCGUGAACAGCAUACAGAUUUACGAUAAAAUCUUGGAGCAACUCAAAUUGAAAAUUGGUGUAAAUAUCAAUGAGUUUGGAAUGCUAGAUUUUGCAAUUGAAAGAUCCGGGAAGUUGGUUAUAUUGGUAGCCUUUAAAGAGAAGAAUGUACACGGUUAUGCACUUGUUAUUACUUCCAAUGUUACAAAUGACAGUGAAGCGGAUGGUGACAUAUUGAUGGACGAUCCAUUCGGUGGCCCACGAAUAGAGGAUAUUGUGAAAUUGGAAUAUACCGAUGAUGGACUUGAAAACCCACGACCAUCUCUAUUACUGCCGAAUGGGGGACCAAUCGCUAUUGUGCAUGUGGGAAGUUCCAUCAUCUAUAGACAUAUGUACGCUAGUCUGGUAGCGGAAGAGCGAAUUGGAUUGAAAAACCCCAAUGACAAUGUUCUCUUGCUCUGGAGAAAUGCCAAGGAAAAUGCGUGGAGUAGAGAUGAUGAACCUACAGCUCGUGUUCAACUACUUACCUCCCAAGCUGGGCUGUUGGAGUUAACUGUAGAUAUCAACAAUUUAAGCGAACUUCUUACUCCGGAAAGUCCCAACGCAGAGUCGGACAGCUAUAAUGCUUUAAUGAAAGUCUUGACCAAAUCACAUUUAGAGCAAGUGGUCUUUUACGAAUCCAAGCCUAAUAACCCUUUGACAUUUCCGCUGCAAACAACUUCCAUUGCCUAUGGAACGAUUCUUGCUCAAUCCGCUGUUGAAUUGAGUAAAGAAAUAGUGUCGGGAGAGUCUACCUACUUAGUACCAAGGCUUGAUCUCCAAGAGCAUCUGCUGACGCGAGUUUCGGCGUUGAAGUCGUUACUUGAAUGCAUUUAUAGAAAUGGGUUGACCUCACAAGCAGGUGUAAAUAUACCACCCACGCUAUGCACCAAUUAUGAGACCAUGAAAGCUGCAUCUGCACUUUGGUCUUUGAUUACCAACUAUCCUGACAAUGCCGAAGUUGCUUUUAAGGUUGCGUCUGCUGCAAUUCCCGCACAGCGCAAUUUGGAAACCGGGGCUAGUGACGAGGCAAAAUUACGAACCUAUCUUAAAACCAAAGCAAAUACCAUCCCUCAGCUAAUCGUUCAUAUUGGAAACAUGGUAUCUGCUACAACUCAUCCUCUAGCAACGGACAUUGGAAGAGUCGCGCUACAACAAGCAUCUAAUUCAAUAGUAUUGACGGUUCUAAAGACGGUUCACGAAGCACGAUUAGAACUGGAAAAUAUGUACCUUGGAGAAGAUUUGGCAAGGACUGAAUUAUGGACAUCCAAUGCUGACAUAGUUCAUGCACUCAAGUCUAUCUUUUUUGCCUCAAUACCUCUAAUUCAACCGGCUUCGAAAACUACAAGCAACGCAAUGGAGUACGAAGAAGAACGGCAGCUUAGCCCGCAAAGACAACUCUCUUCCAUCCUUAGCAAACAGGCAAUUGAACUCGCUGACCUUUUGUUGAGAGCAACACAGCGACAGCACAAUGCCAGACAAAGACAUGAGCGAAAGGUUAGAAAAGACAGAGAUGCAUCCGUUCUGAAAGAAUUACAGUCUUCUGUUAUCGCCGCUUUGAAUCAGAUUGGCCAGCCGGAAAUUGCCAUACAAUUUGCAGAGGAAUAUCUAGUUUUUGACAAGCUCAUCCAGGUUUUGAACCCUACAGAGAGUGGAAGCGCCCAAUCACAAGCUGACUAUUUUUCUGAGAAAUAUGGCGAUAGCUUUGUCAGACUACUCUUUGACUGGUUUAUCACAUCAGGACACGAAGCCGAGCUACUGCAACUUAGUGAUCAAUACAACGAUCAGCUCAGCAAAUACCUUGAAGAGACGCAUCAUCUGAAACUAGCAUGGUUGCAUGAUGUUCGGUUAAAAAAAUAUGAUAAGGCGUUUCAAACUUUAGAGCGGAUAGCUGAGAAUGAGCCGGUUCUUACUAAGAAGAAGAAUCUGCUCAGCACUGCUAAGCUGGUAUUUAUGGCGAACUCUGAGCAGGUGACUCCAAGCAGUCUUGAAGUCUACAAAGCAGGACCUGUUCAAAAUAUCGACCGAGCACUCAAAAUCAUUAGUGUCCAGGAAGAACUGUUGCAGGAAUUCAACGGUCUAAUGGAAGGGCAAAGUCACAAUUCAAGUCAAGAAAAGGCAUCCGCUAUCACAGAUAUCCUCUGUACCAAAUUAACUGAUAAUGAAUGGACGAACCUCAAGAUGAUUUUUAAGUACUUGACGGGAUUGAUUUUGGACGGAAAGAUGCUUACUGAGGAAGGGCUGGUAGACAUACUGACUCUAAGAGAUAAUCGACCAUCGCAAAGCCAUAAUUAUGUGACAGCGCUGAAGUUGUACUCCAAUGCCAAGUCUGUACUACCAGCUGAGAGAAGUUUGGCCAUGCUGAAUACUAUUUGGAGACGAAUCUACACGAACGACAGAUGGGAUGAUAUUAAUGCCUACCGUCAAACGUGCACGGAUAAACAACUCGCCGUUCAAUUGAGACAAACUACGGCAUUUCGAGUAUUCAAUCGGUGCCGGGAUCAGAAUAUCCAAGAUGUAUUGCGGCCAAGGCAAAUCCAACUUGGACCAGUUAAAUGGGAUAUCAAGAUUCGAUUCCCUUCCAUCAUUACAGCUUCUAACAUUGAAAACGUAGCGGGAGACUUACGAAGUGAACAGUUUGAGCUCGCGGUGUUCAUAGAGAAAUGUCGACUGGAAGACUUCGUCACUGAAAUUUUGUUACAAGUCAAGUGAUCUACUAUUAAAAGUCCGAUUACAUCAUGUGACAGC